AUGGCUUCUACGAUGGCCGCCAAUGCAACCAGCGUACAUAACGCACGCUCAAGUCGGGGAACCAACAUGAGUUCAUCAGGGAUGAAUGACCGCAACCGCGGGUCUCACAACAACGUCAGCAAGAGCUUCGCCGCCGGAAAAUACAACAUCUGGGGUGACUCGAACCUAGGCGGAUUCGGAGACGAUCAACACAUCGGCGAGGCUGCCUUUGAAGGAAAGUCAGGUUCGGGCUCUUUGCUAUCUACUUCAGAGUCCGACGGGUGGUCGGGACGCGCCAAUCUCCCCUGGAGCACUGUCAACAGCAACAACAACAACUCUACCUUCCAGAACCGUGGUCUGGCAACCUCCCCUAUUCAGACACGCGCCAACGAUCGCAGCGCACCUGUUAUGAACGAGACUGGUGAUAGCUCCUACUUUGCCCUCCCUCGCACUACUGGAAUCGGUACAUCCGCUGGAGCUGCAAACCACCGUCCAUAUCUCAACACUUCCUCUGAGGGUGUGUCACCCUCCGGUGAUGGCAUGUCGUUCAGUGGAUUCGCUGGUCGACGACAGAUGAACUCUACUGGUCUCGGUGGAAGUCCAGUAGGAACGACCUUCCCAGUCAAGCCUGGAUUCCCAAACUCGAUUGAAGGUGCCCGCCAGGAUGACAUGGCCGCGGCUAUGGGAAUGUCUUCUUUAGGCUCUGGCAUUCAGGACUCUAUCUCUCCGCCUCAAGGCCGCAGCACUCUCUCCCAUGUUUCUCACAACUCCGCCUCAUUCGCAGCUCAAAGGCCUAACCAUUCCGCGCACCCUUCUUUCUACUCGGAGAACCAGAGUGUCGAUGGGCGUUAUGGUGGCUCCAUGGACCUGAACGCUGGAUUCAACAAGCUUCAGAUUAAUGAUAGCAACUACGCCCAGGGUGUCCAGCGUCCCAAUUACGUCCCCCACGCCUCAUUCGAUGGCUCAUUCCCUCGCGCAAAGUAUCAGAAUAAUGAAGAUGCUGCCUACCAGGGCCUGGCAUACAGCGCUGAAGCCGCUCAAGAGAUGCACCUCGCUUAUCAAGCUCGCUCCCGCGCUACUGACACUGGAUCUAUCUCGCCCUCCGAUUACGCUCGCAUGGAAAGCCCAAUCUACGCCGGAGUGGAUGGUACUGGUCAGUAUCGUAACUCUGGCAGCCGGGUCGCUGAUAGCCAGGCCGCUGCCUUCGAGCGUCGCCUGCGCACUCUCCAAGAUCAGGAGUUAGCCCAGGCUUCUGCCAAUGCGGGCCAGCGGAUGCAAUACCCUCCUGCUUAUGACUUCCAAGGAUACCAGAAUGCCCGUCUCAACGCAUUGUCCGGUUUCUACCCUGUGGCUCACCUCGGUGGCCUAGGAGCAACGGCUUUGGUCUCUCGCACCCAGCGCGACCAUGACCCUACCCAGGUUGUACGCAGCCCUCUUCUCGAGGAGUUCCGCGCCAACAGUAAGGGUAACAAGCGAUAUGAGCUCAAGGACAUCUAUAAUCAUGUUGUGGAGUUCAGCGGAGAUCAGCACGGCUCCCGCUUCAUCCAGCAAAAGCUCGAGACCGCCAACAGUGACGAGAAAGAGCAGGUUUUCCGCGAGAUUCAGCCCAAUUGCCUCCAGUUGAUGACUGAUGUCUUCGGCAACUACGUGGUUCAGAAGUUGUUUGAGCAUGGCAACCAAAGCCAAAAGAAGAUACUUGCUAACCAGAUGCGCGGCCACGUCCUAGCUUUGUCUACCCAAAUGUAUGGAUGCCGCGUUGUGCAGAAGGCGCUGGAGCACAUUCUUACCGAUCAGCAAUCCGCUAUGGUGAAAGAAUUGGAGAACCACGUCCUCAAGUGCGUGCGUGAUCAGAACGGCAACCACGUCAUCCAAAAAGCUAUCGAGCGUGUCCCUUCGCAGUACGUCCAGUUUAUCAUCAACGCUUUCCGUGGACAGGUCAACCGUCUCGCCGCCCACCCAUAUGGUUGCCGCGUCAUCCAGAGAAUGCUGGAGCAUUGCGAGGAAGUCGACCGCCAGUCGAUCCUAGCUGAGCUACACGCCUGCACAUCCAACUUGAUCCCUGACCAGUUUGGCAACUAUGUAAUCCAACAUGUCAUAGAGAACGGUGAUGAGAGUGACCGUACCCGCAUGAUUGACAUCGUCAUGGGCCAGCUACUUGCCUACUCGAAGCACAAGUUCGCCAGCAACGUCGUUGAAAAGAGUAUCGAGUUUGGUGCUCCUCAUGAACGUCACCACAUCAUCUCUACCUUGACAUCUCCAAACGACCGUGGCGAGAGCCCUCUCCUUGGUCUCAUGCGUGACCAAUAUGGAAACUAUGUUAUCCAGAAGGUCCUUGGUCAACUGAAGGAGGCCGAGCGUGAAGCUCUCAUUGACCAGAUCAAGCCUUUGCUCAGCCAGCUCAAGAAGUUCAGCUAUGGCAAGCAAAUUGUCGCCAUUGAGAAGCUCAUUUUUGACCCGAACUGCCCUGCGACCGUGCCGCUGUCUCACACUACUUCAACUACCCCUCCCAACUCUCACAAGUCUUCUCCUCAACCCAUCAAGCGCUCUCUUCCCGCUGAACAGCCCCGAGCCUUUUUGGGCAACGCUCCCCCCACACCUCCCCCCACAGACCCCAGCACGGUCGACAGCUCCCUCGAGCCCAAGGGUCUCGUUAAAAGCACAGUGACCUCAGUUUCCAGUCCCGAGACGGGCAGCACCGGUGUUCCCGUCCCGGUCGAUGUCACCAGUGCUCACUAA